AUGAUUCCGUCCGACGAGGAUUCCGGUGACAUUGCACCUCAAUCAGUUCAGGCAACUUUCCCUGUCUCGAUACGCUCGUCAAGACGAAGAAGAAGCCGUCUCUCGAGGCCCCCAACUCCGCCAUCAGCAUGUGAGGAAAGCGCUCAUUAUCCAGUUUUCAACCCAGAAGACCCUCGACACAAUCCAGCUCUCAGAGCCAAUGAGUGGCCGGACGAUGCGAAUGGUCUCUCCCAAGCAGCUCAUCCUACCGGGUCAAGGCAUUGGAUGCAAAGUCUAACAGGAAGGUCUCUACGGCGGGCCCGCACUGGACUACAAGCCCUAAGGUCUGGCUUGCAUAGACGCUCCGUCCACCAAACAAGCGAUGGCGAGGUUGUGAUCAAUGGAGUGUGGCAUUCGUCCGAUUCUGCAGAAGCAUCCUCUGACCGACAUGAGCGUCGUUUCUCGUCGACUGUAUCUGAGGCUAGCACAGAAGAAGACUAUGAUUUCGGAACCCACCUCUACCGAACUGGCUGCAACUACCCCAGCCUAAGCGACGACAUCGAUGAUAUGCAUCCAUCUCCUCCCACGUCAUUACCCACAUUGAGCACGGAGGCUGGCAGGCCUCUCGCUAAUGGAUUGUCCCCGACGCCGGAAGAUUCUCCGGGAGAAGAUUCAUCUCCUGUGACGCCAGACUCGGACAACCCUCCCCGUGUUGAUGCGCAUUUUGAUGUGCAAGAGGAACAAACAGCCGUGAACCUUCCCACAACUUCUACUUCCACGCCUCCCGAUGAAGGAUCCGGGUCUCCCGUGGAAAGUUUGUCCAGCAUAGGCUCGUUGAUAUCUGGUAUCUCUGAUGCGGCAAUUCCUCUAGACGAAGCAAUGGCGGAUCCGCCAGCCGGUGGCAUUCCGCAAACCUUGGAGCCCGGUGUGCCAGUCGAGAAGACUAAUGUGACUUCCAUUUCUUGCGUCGCUUCCCCCACUGCCUCGGAGAACCCUCACACUACUCAGACGCCAGAUGACGAGAGUGCUAUUGAGGAAGAAGCGAUAGAACUUCCUGCUAAGGAUACAUCUGUACCGGAGAGCCCGCAUACAGAUAACAUCGCGGAUGACACAGGGUCGAUUCAUGAAGAGGAAACAGUACUGGAAUGUUUGAACAAUGUAGCUGUCCCUGAAGCCGCUCUUGGGGACAUUGGAGACCUGAAUUAUUUCCUUACGCUGAAUAGACUUGAUGAUAGCGAUCUCUCCGGGAGCAAGAGCAGUGACGAAGACCCAAGCCCUAAUAGUCUCAGUGACGACGACGCAAAUGGACCAAUCAAUCCUUGGAUACCACUGGAUAAGGGCGACCGGGCGACAACCCGAUAA